AUGGGCCUUGGAGACGGCAGGUAUCAGCUGUUGCACCUGAUGUCAUGACGCGUCUAUUGAUACUCCCUUGACAACCGCGGAUCGGAUACCAAUAUUCAGGGGACACCAUGCCCAUCACGCUGCUGUGGGCCGUGGAUGUGUACGGCAGGGUGUACAGCGUUUCCACAGCCUGCCAGAGUUGGGUACGGGCCGACGACUUGUUGCUCGAGCUCAAGCGCGUCACUGCGGGGAAAGGGCGCUGCUGGGGCAUCGGCUGUGACCACCAUGUUUACCUUAACAUGAUGCCCAGUGAGACUCCCAUCCGCUACCGGGAGGAGACCUAUGAAAACCAGAGGUGGAACCCAGUGGACGGCUUUACUGACACGCUGCUGCCCACUGACCGCUGGCCAUGGAGUGACGUGACGGGGAUGAAUCCCCAACCGCUCCACAGCUUUGAGCUGCCCUCCCGCAGCUGGGAGUGGGAGGGUGACUGGUAUGUGGAUCAGACUUGUGGAGGAGAACCCAGCCAGACCGGGGGCUGGGAGUAUGCAGUCGACUUCCCAGCGAACUUCUCCCCAGAUAAGAAGUGGAACUCAUGUGUUCGUCGUAGGCGCUGGAUCCGCUACAGAAGAUACAUAGCACAAGGCACCUGGGCAAAGAUCCCCUUGGACAAUCCCAAGAAACCCCCACUGCCACUUUGUGAUAUCAGCUGUGGUGGCUGGGAGAUGAGUGACCAAUCUGGAAGGUACCCCUACCUCUGGGGUGUGUCCCAGCAAGGACAGGUGUGGUUCAGGGAGGGCAUCCACCCUCGGGUCCCAGAGGGCUCCAGCUGGGAAGAGGUAGAAGUGCCCAAAGAGGUGGCUCAGAUAUCAGUUGGUCCCAAAGACCUGCUUUGGGCUUUACUCUGGGAUGGGAACCUGCUGGUCCGUACUGGCCUCACCCUGGACAGUCCUACUGGCACAUUGUGGGAAGAGGUGAAAUCACCAGGAAAGGAUGUUGAAACACUUCAUGUGGCUGUUGGAGUCAGUGUGGUCUGGGUGGUCACUAAAGACUACAAGGUAUGGUUCAGGCGUGGUGUGAAUUCCCACAACCCCUGUGGCUCAGGAUGGAUCAGCAUCGGAGGGGAGAUGAUGAUGUUGGAUGUGGGACUCAAUGACCAGGUCUGGGCAGUCGGUGAGGACCGCGGCCUGUAUUUCAGAAUGGGUGUUACCCCGUCUGAACCAAGCGGGAAUGGCUGGAUCCCUGUUUCUGCCCAGUGGGGCAAUAACAAAGAGCGUUUUCCAGCUAGGGAUGAUGGUGAGUUCAGUGGACAGCUGACAGAGGCCUCUCAAGGCUCAGUUUUGAGCUGCACUGACUCAGACUCAGAGUUGGGCCCUGCUGACCCACAAAACAGCACUAAUGACACCCCAGUCCUGGAGGCAGCAGACUCCUCUGUAGUCCCCUUAGGGGUAGCCGACACAACUGCACAUCCCCUGGAGACAGAAGAAACUCCCUUAGCCGCCCAACAGGAUGCCCCCAAGACCUUCAUCCCUGCCAGUGACAGUUUCAUUAACAGUCUGGUCUCAGACCGUGAUAAAAUGUCCACACCCCAACCGUCCAUCGCAGAGAUACCACAGGAAGAGGUUGAGGAGAUCUCACUAGCCCCGAUACUUCCAACCCCUGAGGCCACAGGACACAAUGUCCCCUGGAGUAAUGUGGAUCUGGAAGGGGCAGAGGCAGCUCGAAGUGCACAGGCAGUGGGUGGUGGCAGUGCUGGGGCUACCUACGCCCUGGGUUUGGAGACCGCUCAGGGUGUCGGCGAAGAGGAUGGGCCAGCAUGGGCCUGGAUCUCCGGUGGAGGCUGCGAUGUAGAUGCAAACUCACAGAUCAGCUGGCUUAGUCCUAUAGGUCCUCUCACCAGCUCCCUGUCACUGACGCCAGUCCAAUCAGCAGCGUGGAGUGAGCAGCAGCAGCAGGAGCACAGAGAGGAGAUCAGCAAGAAACCUCUGGAGAGGAGCAGUUCGGCGUGGGUGCGUAAAGGUACACUGCGCUGGUGGAGAGACUGGAAGCCUCAGCGCUGGGUGGAUGUGGGCGUUGCUCUGGAGCAGUCGACCAAGUCUGAUGGCCGGAAGGACAGCAUUUUCUUUGUCUACUAUACACAAUAUGAUGAGAAAAAGUACCUCCAUGUGUUUAUAAAUGAGGUGACGGCACUGGUUCCGGUGCUCAGGGACUGCCACUACGCCUUUGCUGUGUACACAGUUCAAAGGACUAAAGAGAGGUGGCCUCUGGUGCUGGCGGCGCAAACUGAAAAAGACAUGAAUGAUUGGUUGUGCCUGUUGUCUGACUGUUGCUGUGAGUGUCGAGGGAUCACAGGCCCCCCGUCCAGACAUGCCCUGUGGUCCACAACCUCGAAAGGAGACAUUAUGGUCCAUGAGCCGUCCUUCUCCCUGGAGGCCCCUGCACACACACUGGCCUGUGACCUCAUGUUCUGGCGGCAUGUCCCAGGUCACCUGCGUUGUGUAGAGUCUAACAGUCUUGGGCUGGUGUGGGGCAUCGGGUGGGACGGCACCACCUGGGUCUACUGUGGGCGCUAUGGGCAACCGCCCAACCCUGGAGAUGCAGUUCAGAUGCACCAGCAGACCGAUAUCAGGAAUGUGCAUGUGUACGAGAAUCAAAGAUGGAACCCUAUGACUGGAUAUACUGAUAAGGGACUUCCUACCGACCGUCCUAUGUGGAGUGAUGAGAGUGGAUUGAAGGAGUGCACUAAAGGCAACACACGACCACCCUCCCCUCAGUGGUCUUGGGUGUCAGAGUGGGCUGUCGACUUCAAUGUUCCAGGAGGGGCAGACAAAGAAGGAUGGCAGUAUGCUGCAGACUUCCCCACGACAUUUCAUGGACACAAAACCAUGAAAGAUUUUGUUCGUCGCAGAAGAUGGACAAGGAAGUGUAAGAUCACAUUGAGAGGUCCAUGGGAGCAGGUCCCACCCAUCCCUUUGAGUGACAUCUCGUUGAUGCCAUGCCUGGCCCAGAGCAAGAUGGAGCAGAUCCCCGUCUGGGCCCUCAGUGAAAAGGGAGAUGUCCUGUGUCGGCUGGGAGUCAGCCCCCAAAACCCUGCAGGAAGCUCCUGGCUACAUGUAGGCACAGACCAGCCCUUUAAGUCCAUCUCCAUCGGCGGAGCCAAUCAGGUGUGGGCCAUCGCCAAGGAUGGAGCUGUGUUCUACAGAGGAUCUGUGUCCCCGCAGAACCCUGCAGGAGAAUGCUGGUACCACAUCCCUUCUCCUUCAAAGCAGACCCUUAAGCAGCUGUCUGUGGGCCGGACCUCUGUCUUUGCUGUGGAUGAAAACAGUAACCUGUGGUACAGACAGGGCCUCACCCCAAGCUACCCUCAGGGCUCCGCCUGGGAACUUAUUUCUAACAACGUCACCAAGGUUUCUGUGGGACCACUGGACCAGGUGUGGAUCAUAGCAGAUGGGGUUCCAGGCUUCCCUGCUGAGGCUCCUGGAGCUGUCUGCCACAGACUGGGGUUGGGACCCAUGCAACCCAAAGGCCAGUCCUGGGACUAUGGUCUAGGGGGAGGAUGGGAGCACAUCAGUGUGAGGGGGAACUCAGUUGAGGCUCCUCGCGCCCCUCACCCUCCGCCUGCUGGCUCCUCGCGCAGCCCAGUCCCCCCACAGCCUCCGACACAAGUGAACGGGAAUGCUGUGGGUGUGUAGCAUCCUUCCAUCUCCUCUCCUCUACCCCAGCUCUGUCUGUGCCUGGAUCCACGUUUGUCUAAUUGGACCCAUUCCUCAAUGCCCUUAUCCCUUCGUGUAAAGGGAAUGCACAAUCAUACCACUGAGUUUAUAGUUUAUAUUUUGGUUGGAUUUGACACUCGAUCGAUGGCUGAAUGUUACUUCCUGGCUUGUUUCCAUGGCAGAAAUCAUGUCAGUAUGUGGUGAUGACAAAGAGAAAAAGCAAGCAUAAAAGGGUUCAAGUAAAAUGGAUCUUGAUGUCUGGUAGGAUAAGAUUUUAAAAAGUGAGUGCAUGUGUUUGCUCUUACUAGGCUUUGACUACUGGGUGUUUUGGGAUCUAGCAAUAGCUUUUAUUUAUUCUUAUAUAUACAAUAUCCUGUGAAAACCUAAGAGGGUGGGACUUUGAUAAAGGGCUAAGGAUUGGGUUCCAAAUUUGUUUUCUUACACACAAUCCGACUGUAGCCUGAAUUGUCUUGGUUUCUAGAAUAUUGUGGUUUUGUUUGAUUUUCUUGUCAUUCUUUUGCAUGUGAUUUGAAUAUGGAUUUAUGCAUUUGAUUGAUUGAUGCAUUUGACUUUGUUUCUCCAUGUUUUGACCUAUUAUAUGGAGUGUUCUUGCCCCAUAUUGCUACAA